AUGAGCGACCACUUUAUCGAGCCGUCACCCGCUAAUGCUGCUACGACCACAUAUGCUGGUGUCGGGCCUCUAUUGCCACUUGGCUCUGGUACUUCAACGCUUUCGUCCUCUCCCAACGUCACACAUUCAAAGCACACUGACGAUAUCACAGCCCGGGAAUUCCUAUCGCUGUGGUUUGCGCCGGCCGAUCACAUGGAUAAUGCUGCCGAGAAUGUAACUGUCUGUUUGGCCUUUGGCGCCGCUCUGUUCUACACUGCCCCUACCCAGCCUACGACAUACGCUCUCCUGAAGAGCUAUAUCCUCCACAAACCGUAUACCGUCCCGCCUCCACUGAAUUCGCCACCAACCUCCUCAAACAUCGUAUCGACUCCCGCCAUCGUCGGCUCUACCAAAUCACCCUUCGACCACCGAGCCAACGUGUUUGACAGGGAUGCUGUCAUGAUACCCGGCGGAUGGAUUAGUUGGGGCAAGAUCGAUGUUUUGAGAGACGGUUUCGACCCCGCACUGGUGGAGAAUGGUUGGAAAGUCAGCUUGAGCAGGUAUAUUGCCAUUCGGGUCCGGACGUCGGUUCCAUGUCCGGAAUGUCCGCGCUUUGUCCAAAACAACGAAGAGGGUGAUGGAGAACCUCUCGAAGAGCUCUGGCAGGCGCUUCUUCCUUCUUUCGCGUCUCCUCCCCCGCAAUCUUCUGCCAAUCUUACGACAGUCACCUCGCCCUCCCAAAACUUCCUCUCCCGCCAACUCGACCUCCUCAUGAAAGACCACAACCGAAACCCCAGCCAAUCUUUCUGCCACACCGCUUCCGCCACCUCACCCUCCAACGUUCCCUUUGCCAACGUGCCCUCUGCUACUAACCCCGGCGCGGGUGGGUUCAACGAUACCGCCGUGGGCCUAUGGGCGGUGCUGCCGAGGGUUCGAGCUUGCCUGGUGUUGAGAAGGUCAUGCAUGAGAUGGAAGGUCGCAUCGGGGAGGGAGAUGAUGGGAAGGAGGGAGGAGUUGAAGGACAAGUUUGCGAGGCUGGGGAGGAAGGAUGGGAAAGUUGCGCCGGGGACGCCCGCACGUGCGAUGCCUAAUAACGAAGCGUUGCACAAUCUUGUAAAGCUUGGCACUACCAGGGCUUGCUGGCUGUUAGAAUGGUGA